AUGGAUACAGACCUUCACUUUUACGAGAUGAAAGAGUUCUGUGCACAGACGGUGGUCGUGGUCGCACAACAAUCUUGUGCGCCUCGCUCCACUUCCUCUGCAACCAUUUCUGACAAACCCAAUAUGGCUAAGAUUGAGAGAUUCGAUAAAUCAGAAUUGAAGAAGACAGAAACACAGGACAGAAAUCCACUGCCUUCAAAAGAAACGAUUGAACAGAAGCAAGCAGGUAAAUCCUAA